UUCGAAAAACCAUUCUGCCAUCUUCGUUGACGAGCGAUGGGCUAGUUUUCCAAAUUGACGGUCGUCCCGGUGACUCAAACUUCCAAGAUCAUCAAGAAGCACUUGAAAUUUUAAACCUUGCAGGUUUUAAAGAUGCAAAGAUCAAUAACAAUCCUCUAAUCAACCUUAUACUCCAGCAUGACCUAAACUGUGUUGCAGAUAACGAUCCAAUACAGUCCGACCACCUUUCUGCGACCUUUCCUCACCCGUUGUUAUACAAUAAAGAUCCUGGAAUUUUUGAUACUAUCAUAAACCGGAUAUGA